GCCUCUUCUCUCCGAAGAAAAAGGAUGAUGAGGAGGAGGAACCUGCAGCGGCUGAACCUGCAGCAUCGGAGGGAACGUUGAAGCUCCCAUGGAGUUUCCGGGGAGGAGACAAGGGUACUCAGAAAGUAACAGAGGAAAUCGAGGAGGUCGAAGAGAAGGGGACCCAGAAAUUCGUAUUCUCACCCUUUAAUUUAUUCGGUGCUGCUAAGACAAACAACAAUUCCCGUGACGACAAUGUUGUGUUUAUUGCCGGGGCAACUGGCAGAGUUGGCUCUCGUGUGGUCAGGGAGGCUAUCAAGGCUGGAUUCAAGGUUCGAGCCGGAGUGCGUAGCCUUACCAAGGCAGACGAGGUCCUCACUGAUCUUCCUUCACCGCCUAAGAAGGGACUUUUCGAUCUGUUUUUUGGGAAAGAGGCCGAUGUGGAGCUUGUGGAGUUCGACAUUUUUGACCCGGAGUCCGUUGAGGAAGCUAUUGGCAAUGCUGGAAAGGUUGUGUGCGCCAUUGGUGCAUCCGAGAAUCUGCUCAAUGUCUCCGGGCCGUACAGCGUGGAUAAGGUUGCAACGGAGAAUCUCAUAAACGCAUCUGCCGAACUUGGAGUGAACCAAUUUAUCAUGAUUUCGUCAAUCGGCACUGGGAAGUUCGGUUUCCCUGCAUCACUACUGAACUUGUUCUGGGGUGUCCUCUUCUGGAAGGCGCAGGCUGAGAAGACGUUGAAAGCGAGCGGCGUUCCGUAUUUGAUCAUUCGUCCUGGUGGAAUGGAGAGGCCGACUGAUUCCUACAAGGAAACACAUAACCUGAAGCUGGAGGAGGGUGGCACUUUAACGGGUGGCCAAGUGUCCACCUUGCAGAUUGCGGAGCUGGUUGCGGUUGCGUUGAACAAGCCAAAUCUUGCAGCCAACAAGGUUGUGGAAGCGGUUGCUGAGACGACAGCCCCCGAAGAAUCUAUUGAGAGCCUCUUGGCUGCUAUUCCUUCUGAUGAUGCAGUGGAAGAUGAUGACGAAUACGAAGUUGAGGAAGUUGUUGUAGUAGACACAAGGCAGCAGAAACAGAAGGAGGCGGUGGCUUCAGAACGGGAAAGGCAGAAGCAGGCAGAGGCGACAGAGGCAGCUGAGCGUAAGGCUGCCGAAGCAAGGGCUAAACUGGCCGAGCAGCUUCAGCUUGCUCGUCAGCAAAAAGAAGAGGCUCUCGCUGAGGCCCAGUCAGUUGCUGCUGAGCAGGCUGCUCUCGAGCAGAAGCGCCAAGAGAUCGAAUCACGAGCAGCUGCAGCUUCUCAAGCUGCUAAAGAGGCCAAGGUUGUGGAGGAGGCCGUUCUUGCUGCAGCCGCGGAAGGUCGAAUCUUGAGCCAGCGUGAGAAGGACCGCCUCAUCCGUGAAUUGCGUGAGAAGGAGGCUGCAGCAGCAGCUGCCGCUGAACUGGCAAAGGCAAGAGCAGAAGCUGAAGCUCGAGCUAAGGUAGAGGCAGAAGCCAAGGCUAAGGCGGAUGCAGAGGCACUGGCUAAGGCCAGGGAGCAGGCUGCUGCGAAGGCCAAGGCUGAGGCUGAAGCCAAAGCGAAGGCCAAGGCUGAAGCUGAAGCCAAGGCUAAGGUUGAGGCCGCGGCGAAGGCAAAGGCUGAGGCCGAAGCUAAGGCCAAGGCUGAGGCUAAGGCCAAGGCUGAUGCCGAGGCCAAGGCGAAGGCUGAGGCCGAGGCUAAGGCGAAGGCUGAGGCCGAGGCUAAGGCGAAGGCUGAGGCCGAGGCUAAGGCGAAGGCGGAGGCCGAGGUUAAGGCCAAGGCGGAGGCCGAGGCUAAGGCGAAGGCGGAGGCCGAGGCUAAGGCGAAGGCGGAGGCAGAAGCUAAGGCGAAGGCGGAGGCAGAUGCUAAGGCGAAGGUGGAGGCAGAGGCCAAGGCGAAGGUGGAAGCAGAGGCCAAGGCAAAGGCAGAGGCAGAGGCUAAGGCUAAGGCAGAGGCAGAGGCUAAAGCGAAGGCUGAGGCUAAGGCCAAGGCUGAGGCGGAAGCAAAGGCAAAGGUCGCAGCAAGUGGAGGUGGAUUUCGGUGGCCGUGGCAGGUGGAGCAGCCGAAGUCAUCUACCGACCUCCCACCAAGCCCGACUCCGCUUUCACCCUACACCAUGUACCCGGACCUGAAGCCCCCUACUUCUCCCUCUCCAUCUCCUCCUAAGCCUAGCCCUGAAGCAAUUGCUGCCAAGGCCAAGGCAGAGGCUGAGGCUAAAGCGAAGGCAGAAGCCGAUGCCAAGGCGAAGGCUGCGGCAGAGGCCGAGGCUGAGGCAAAAGCAAAGGCUGAAGCUGAAGCCAAAGCCAAGGCUGAGGCAGAAGCCAAGGCCAAGGCUGACGCAGAAGGCAAGGCCAAGGCUGAAGCAGCUGCUAAGGCAAAGGCUGAAGCAGAGGCGAAGGCCAAGAGCAGUGGAGGGGGUUUGCCAUUCCGCUGGCCGUGGCAAGUUGCUGAGGAGAAGAGUUCGUCCACCAAUCUGCCUCCUAGUCCAACUCCACUCUCUCCGUACACAAUGUACCCUGAUCUGAAGCCCCCGACGUCUCCCUCUCCAUCUCCUCCCAAGCCUGAUCCUCAGUCCAAGGCUGCUGCUGAGGCUAAGGCCAAGGCUGAGGCCGAAGCUAAGGCUAAGGCUGCUGAGGCCGAAGCUAAGGCCAAGGCCGCUGAGGCUGAAGCUAAGGCCAAGGCUGAGGCUGAAGCUAAGGCCAAGGCUGAGGCAGAAGCUAAGGCCAAGGCUGAUGCAGAAAGGAAGGUGAAGGAGGCUGCUCCUGAGGCACAGGCCAGUGCUGGCGGCAUCAACUUCCGCUGGCCGUGGCAGGUUGCAGAGGAGGAAAAGAAGUCCUCCACUGACCUUCCGCCCAGCCCAACCCCUCUGUCUCCCUACACACAGUAUGAGGACCUGAAGCCUCCGACCUCUCCGUCUCCAUCUCCUCCGACUCCUGUUGCCGCCAAGGUAACGUCAGAGCCACCACCUGCUCCUGCGGCACCUGCACCACCAAAGGCAGAGCCAGUCUCAGCACCUGCAAAGCCUGAGGUGGCUGCAGCAGCGGCAGCUCCUGCUGCUGAUGCUCCCGCUGAGUCUAAGAGGGUGUGGGUGAAAACUUCAGCAGGUGAGGACAAGGGCCUUGAGCUUAAGUGGCCGUGGGAGGUUGCCGGUUCUGACUCGGGCAAUGGCAGCAGCAGCAGCAAAUCCGACCUGCCAUAUGCAAACCGGCCCCUCAGCCCGUACACCAUGUUCCCUGAUCUGCGGCCACCUUCAUCCCCGAUUCCCCUGAGAUCUACAGACACGGAGAGCUAA